CCAUGGAGCUGGGCGCGGCGCGGCCGCCGGCCGGCGACAUCGCCGACCUCAACAGCCAGGACGCGCAGACGGUGUGCGAGGCGCUGGGCCGCUACGAGGAGACGCUGCGGGGCGCCGUGCGGGAGAUCCACGUGGACAUCCAGGUGUUCAAGAGCGGCGUGGACCGGCAGGUGGCCGAGGUGCUGCGCCUCGCCAGCCCCCUGGCCCACACCGUGGCCGAGCUCCAGCACGAGAACCGGCGCCUGCGAGCGCACGUGGAGCGCCUGGACGGCCAGGUGGAGGCCCUCCGCGCCGCCGCCGGCCUGGGCGACGGCGGGACCGGCGGGACGGGCGGCGCCGGGGGCCGCUUCUCCAGCCACGCCAAGCUCGCCUUGUCGGCCAAGAGCCAGAGUAUGGACUUGGAGGAUCAGAAUGACUCAGAGAGCAGGAGGGUUUCCGAUUUCUCCAUCGUUGAAAAUGGACAUCAGCCAUCAGGAGGCCUGGCCAAACUUGCUCCGGAGCCAGCCUCCCCUCUUCACCUGCCUAACGCGCCCCCUGAGGCACACGCUCCGGCAGUGAGCUCACGGAUGCCGCACCUUCCAGUUACCGCGGUAACCAGAGUAUCGGAAGCCUUUUCGGGAGAAACCUCUGGGGGCCCGAUUGCGCCGAGCGUCCCCGGCGGGCAGCCGAACAAAAGCCACAGUGAGGCUGUGUCAAAAAUGUCAAGCCAAGCAGUGAGUGCUGUGAAGAGCUGGAGUUCAGGUUCUGUCAGGACAAGCACCUCCAUCACCUCAGAGAAAUUCUCUUCCGUCACAAAGUCCACAUCAGCCACGAGCUACGGAGUGACUGACGGGACCCAGGCUAGCGAGAGCACUACAACCAGCCAGCACGACCUAGUCCCCAAAGCCCACUCCCCACCUCCGACAGCCCAGCGGCCAGUGGAAAAACGGAGAGAGUUGGUGAGAUCUCAGACGCUGCCCCGCACUUCGGGAACGCAGGCCAGGAAGGCGCUUUUUGAGAAGUUUGACCAGGACCGUGGAAAGGGGAAAGGGGAGGUCAGGCCUAAGCUGAAGCGGUCGCAGAGCUUUGGGGUUGCCAGCGCCAGCAGUAUCAAGCAGAUCCUCUUGGAAUGGUGCCGCUCCAAAACCAUUGGCUAUAAGCACCUCGACCUGCAGAACUUCUCGUCCAGCUGGAGCGACGGGAUGGCCUUUUGCGCUCUUGUCCACUCGUUUUUCCCCGAAGCGUUCGAUUACAACGCCCUCGACCCCGCCAAGCACAAGGAGAAUUUCGAGAUGGCAUUCACAACAGCAGAGAAAAUGGCCAAUUGUGACCGCCUGAUAGAAGUGGAAGACAUGAUGGUGAUGGGCCGCAAGCCAGACCCCAUGUGCGUCUUCACCUACGUGCAGUCCCUCUACAACCAUCUCCGUCGCUUUGAAUGAAGCUGGUAAGGCCCUCCUCCACCCUGAGAGGACUGUGAGGAUGAGAAC